CGGUAUCACAGUGAUGAGGAACACACAUGUGCUGUGGCUACUGGUUGAGGUCGGAAACUUUUCGUGAACGCACUGGGAAGAGAGUUGUAUACAAACAACAAGAGUAUCAGAAUAAAACUGAAAGCGUUGCCGAAAAUUAGCAAAUGUGGCGAUUCGUUCAUUUCUUCAACAGAAUGGAGGCUCAUAACAGUCAUUAGCGAAUAUAAAUUAUAUUCUCGAGUGAUAUUUUCAGUGUGUGUGUGGAGGCAGUGAUAUAAAGCUGAGCAGGUGCAGUGUAUAAGUUACAAAGAGGUGUUGGUUGUGGGCAGUGAGCAGGACACAUGGCAGAGGAAGGCAACAAGCUGACACUUAGGCGCCUGGAGGCACCGAUCCACAAGUUCAUUAAAGUGGCUCUACCCACAGACCUGGAGAGGUUACAGAAACACCACAAUAACAUACUGAAGUACCAACAAAGCCAGCAAUGGGACCGGCUUCAUCUGGAGCAUAUCAAUGCGAGCAGAACGGUCCAGCAGUUGAGAGCUAACGUCAGAGAGAUGGAGAAGCUGUGCACACGGGUCCGUGCUGAAGACACUGACGCUCUGGAAGCGCUUGUCAAGCCAGUCAAAGACAGGGCGUCAGCCGCAUCACGAGACUUCCUGCUUUUACACUCUAAUCCUGUGCGUCAGCCUGCGCCACCACCUGCCGCUCAGCCUUCCAGCUGUGUGUCCAACAGUUGCCAUGUUGAUGACGAUGUGUGCAAGGAGCCAGUGUCUGGCAGACAAAUUCAGCUCCACCUUCCACAAAUCCCUGCUGAUCAGAUUGCAGCUGAGUCCUGGGACAACCUGGAAGAGGAUCUGAAGGAACUGAGUGGUUUGGUGACGGAGUUCUCUCUGCUCGUCCAUUCCCAGCAGGAGAAGAUCGACAGCAUAGAGGACAACAUCAACACAGCCGCUGCCAACGUGGAGGAGGGGACCAAGAGCCUGGGGAAGACGGUGGGCUACAAGUUGGCGGUGUUGCCGGUUGCUGGGGCACUGCUGGGCGGUGUAUUAGGAGGUCCACUGGGCCUGCUGGCUGGGUUCAAAGUCGCAGGGGUUGCUGCUGCUCUUGGGGGGGGCGCCCUGGGGUUUGCUGGUGGAAACCUGGUCCAGAAACACCGAAAAGCCCGAGUGGAUCUACAGAUGAAACGACUGACAGCACUACCACCAGAACCAGCAGCUGAACCAGAGUCGAACAAGGACAAAUGACCCAACAGUUCUGGUUUGUCCUCUGACCUCAGGUGCUGACUAAUCACUGAGGCUUCAGUGUUGACUGACCAAUCAGAAGCACAAACUAAACCUCUGGCGGUGUCCCGUUGCCUUAAAGAGACUCAAGCCCUGUAAUAACAGUUUUACUUAGUCAGAUACUUUGAUGUUCGUGUGUGAAUGGUUUGUUUGUGAGGAUGUUCAUUUUAUACACACAACUGAUGUUUUUAUUCAGAACACAACUGAGCAGUUAUAUACACUGCAUCUUUUAGUGUGUGGUUGGGUUAGUAUGACAUCACAUCUCUUCUUAACUAAAAGAAAUGUUUUGCACCAAAUAAAUGAAGUUGAUUUAACAGACCCAACCAUUCUGCCAAAUGCUAUCACUAACAACAACACUGUUCCUCAUGCUAGAAUCUUUUUUCAGAUUAUUCUUUUUACCAGUGAUCAUGCCUCAAUAUUCCAAAAUACAAAAAGCUGCAAUAAGAAUGAUGUAUGGAGAAAAUGUUUUUUCGCCUAAUGUCACUGUGGUUAUGUUUACAUGAAAAUGUAAAUUAAAGUGGUUGUGCUUCAAUCAUUCUAUAAAUUA